UUAAAAAUAUUUAGUUGAAAUGAUUAGCUUGAUUCUAUCCAAGAUGCUAGGAAAGAUCCCUCCCAUUACGAGGGUCCUUCUGCUAUGCAUUCUAGGUGUUUCCUUUAUCGGCUCGCAUUGAGCUGGGCUUUACUCCUUACACUAUGACUAUCAUCUAAUUUUUGUUGAAAAACAGUACUAUCGACUUUUUACGAGUAUAUUUUGAGUAGGAAAACUUAAUAUGCUUUCCUCCAUCAAAAUUUACAUGCUAUUCAGGUUCUCCGCCAAGCUUGAAGACGAUUGUUUCAGGAGUAAGUCUGCAGACUACUUCCUGUUUAUCCUUAUCUUGCUAUCUCUAACCCUAUUAACUUCAUUCAUGGUUGAGCUUCCAUUUACAUUUCAGUGAUUAUGCAGUACCCUCAUAUGUAUUUGGGCUAAAAAGAAUUUGAAGCAGUCAAUCAGCCUCUUCGGGCUGAUCAACUUCAGAGCUCCUUACUUGCCAUAUAUUUUCCUAAUCGUCAAUAUUAUUGUUGGCGGCAACUUUAUAGUCAAAAGUUCAAUCGCCGAAGCCUGGUAUGAGCAAAGACAGUUCUUUAACAAGAACAUUAUAUAUGAACUUUUUGGAGUAAUAGUAGGCCAUAUAUACUAUUAUUUCUACUUUGUUGUUCCAAAGUUACCAUACACCAGAGACAUCUCGAUCUUGUCCUCCCCACAAUUGCUCUGAAAGAUUACAGAUUGGCUCGGACUUGACUCAAAAAGAGAACUUAUCCUUGAAGCAGGGGAUUUCAUCGAUGAUGAAGCCUUGCUUGAGAGGAUCCAAAAUAAUCAACUUCAAUUAUAAAUCAUUCUUUCCUAA